GAAAAGGCUCGCGAUUUCCAGAUUUCCAGAGUUUCUGGUCCCGGUUGGUGCCUGAGGACAUCAUCGGCCCAGAGGCAAGGCAAGAAUAUCGGCUGGAUAUGAUGCAGAGGCCUUUGUCAGAUGAUUUCGUCAUUGACGUCAUGGCAGAGAACGCCGAUGGAAAUUCUUGGCAAGCUCUCGCCUUUGAUUGUGUCUACUCCUUCCUAGUAGCGAUCAACCAGCUCCUUCAUAAAGGCUUCAAGGAGCACGAAAUAAAGGGGGAGUUGCUUCUCAAGGAGCUGCGAAAUGCGAGCUUCACGGGAGUUUCCGGCCACAUCACCUUCAACGAGGAUGGCGAUCGCAUGGGCGAGUAUGAGCUCUUGAACGUCCAGCUGGGCAGCUCUGGGUCUCUGGAAGCCUUGGGCGCCGCGAUCUUCAGCGCGCAGACGCGGAAGUUCACCUUCCGGACUGCCAUGGUGUGGAUGGACGGAUCCACGGGCGAGCUGCCACCGGAGAGUUUGUCGGCCUGCGAUCCCGGCUUCUACAAGGAUGAGACCCAGCAGUGCAAGAUCUGCCCACGAGGAACCAUGUGCCCUGGCGGCUCCAGUGGCCUCGUCACAUGCCCCAGAGGGGCCUUCGCAAACAGCACUGGGAUGUCGAAUUGCACGCUCUGUCCCAGAGGCACCUUCGCCAGAGAUGUGGGCUCCUUCGAGUGCAGUCCUUGCCAAGAGGGCUACGAAGCGCCGAGCAUGGGCUCAGAGACCUGCACCAGGUGCGAGUCCGGGAGCUACAUGCCGAACACCUUCGGCAUCCAGUGCCUGCCUUGUGGCAAGCAGCAGAUCACCCUGGAGAGCGGCGCGGAGUCGAGGGAUGACUGCCUCUGUGCGGAGGAGACCUUUAUGUGCGACAAGGGCUUCGACGCCAGGUGCAAGGGUUGUCCGGAUGGCUUGGUCUGCCCUGCGGGCCUCGAGCCACCCCUGCAGCAAGCGGGAUACUGGGCGGACCCCAUGGCCUUCAUGGAUUCCAGCACCUGUCAUGCAUCAGUCUUGCGCUGCCGCAACAGGAACGAGUGUCCCGCAGGCCCGCUGGGCUUGUGUGCCAGCGGCCGGGAGGGCUUGGCAUGCAACAACUGCCAGAGGAGCCAUUACCCGGUGGAGGAUGGGCCGGACACGGGGACCUGCCAGCCCUGUGGGGACGGUGAUGUCCUCCCGGGCAUCUUGCUGAUCGUCUUGGUGCCUCUCUCCCUCGUGGCCAUCAGCACGAUGAAGAUGGAGCCGAGCCAGCUGAGUUUCAACAUGCUUACCGCCGCGGCGGUGGCCAGCCAGUUGAUUGUUGCUAUUCAGGCUCUUGGCUCCAUGCAGCAGCUCUCCAUCGAGUGGCAGCAUCCGGUGAAAGCCCUCCUUGAGUUUACCGACAUUUUGACCCUUGAUUUCGACUUCGUCCGCAUUACUUGUCUUUCUGGGACUGACAGCCCGGUUCUCAAGUUCAUCAUGCGACUUCUUGCUUGUCCGGCUCUUUGUCUGACCCUCGUGGUGUCGUGGAUUCUGGCCAGGCUCGUGGGGCGGCCGAAGCCCCUGGACUCUCUCCUUAACCUCUGCGGCAUUUGCCUCUUUGCCUUCUUCCUGUCGAUCACCCUGGCAACGUUGAGCCCUCUGCGCUGCGUGCCAAAUCCCAACGGCACCAGUUCGCUGAUCACUGAUCCAGGCAUCAUCUGCUAUGUGUCGGACGAGCAUCUUUGGCUAGUAGGUUUGGCAGCCGCAGGCGUGCUGAGCCAACCAGUGCCGAUUCUCGCAUGGGCGACAUAUGCCACCGUCAUGUAUCCAUCGCGGGUUGCCAGUGGCCGAGCUCUUCGUCGCGUCAACCGCUACCGAUUCCUGUUCCACCGGUUCAAGCCAGAGAAGUACUACUAUGGCCUGGUGUUGCUGCUUCGCAAUGGCCUCGUGGCUACGCUGCCCAUCGUUACGGUGGAGUUGCCAGAGCUCCAGGUGCCUUCCAUGGGCUUGAUCCUCCUGGUUUCCGGGGCGAUUCAGGCGAGGACCUAUCCAUGGCGCACGGAAACCGCGAACCACGUGGAGCUGAUAUUGAUUGGCCUCCUGCUCCUCAUGCUGCUGGCCGCUGCGCCGUUGCUCAGCCACGAUCGCGAUCGGUCCUCCACCCUCUUGGGCUGGAUCCUUUGCCUGCCGGUGAUCGGAGUGCUCCUGGUCGGGUCUGUGGCGCUCUUCCGGGCACUGGCGCGGCAUGUGUAUCGCCGACGGCUGUACGGCAUCUUCCUCUGCCAUCACAAGGGUGGCGCCGGCAGUCUCUGUCGUCUGUUGAAGAUCUUGAUCGCUAGAAAAACGGAGACGCGCGUGUUCUUGGAUUGCGACCAACUCGAGAACCUGGACUUCCUCUUCGACAUCGUUCGCACGGCUACGAGGAGCAUCGUCGUGGUGCUGACAUCAGAGGUGCUCAAACGAGUUUGGUGUGCAGGCGAGAUUGCGACGGCGUUCAAGAACGGGGUCACCACGGUCCCGCUGCAGUGCGACGGCUACAUCCCACCGACAGAGGAGGGACGGGAGCUGAUCCUGUCUCUCUGGACCAAACAGCAGAAGCAAAUGCUCGCGAGCUACGGCAUCACCGACGAGGCGAUUUUGGCUGCGUACCACUGGUUGCAGGAGGAGUUGGAACCUAUCAAAAUGCCUCGAUUCGGGCCGGUCGCGGACAGGGAAGAAGCAGUCUGGGAGCUUUUGGGGCGUGGUGGCAUCCUCACAGCGGGGAAGCUGCUUCGCUCGCUAAGUCUAAAGCCGAGUACCUCCAGGAGUAGCUUGUCAACCGCGCGAGCUCGAAUUCUGAUCAUGAGCUCUGUCUCCGAUGCCGAGUGCCUUUCCUCCUGCGAAGUCUUCCAGCUCAUGUUGCAGGCGCAGCUCCGUGUCGAGUGCACCGUGGUGCAAAAUCGACGUCAGAUGUUGAAGUGGAAACCCUUUGCGUACUACCUGGUGGUGCUGCUUUUCCGCGGCAUCUUCUCGGAUUCGGGAUUCGCGCGACUACUCUUGACGGCUUUUUCACCACCAGGACGGUCUUUGGAGGUUUUGACGCUCAUCGCUGAUGUGCAGUUCGAGUUUCCAAGUUUUGACCUUGACCACAACCCGACGAUGAAUCCGGACAUGGAUGCCGACGACGUGGCCGAUCAGAGGCAGCUCCUCCAGGCUUACAAGAGCCUCGUCACAGUCCUUGCGCUACCGUUCUCACCACUUGCCUCUGAAGGUCUGCAGACGAGGCAGGUUGCCGAGAUAGCCGGCCGGAUGCACCGAUACAAGGAUCCAGCAUCGGCAGCUUCGCGUGAUGAGGCGGAUGACAACUUUACGAUGAAACAGAUCGAG